CACCGGCGCCCGGAAGGUCAGCGUGUGAAGGAGUAGGUAGUAACGUGAGUCUACCCGCUUCUGCUGGGACACAGGAGCCAAACGACCCCGGCCUGAGGCAAACGGGCGGUUUGCUGCGAGACCAUGGAGGGCGGCGGGGGAAGCGGCAACAAAACCACAGGGGGGUUGGCCGGCUUUUUCGGAGCCGGCGGAGCUGGUUACUCGCACGCGGAUUUGGCCGGCGUCCCGUUGACUGGUAUGAAUCCUCUCUCACCUUAUUUAAAUGUGGACCCACGAUAUCUUGUGCAGGAUACAGAUGAGUUUAUUUUACCAACUGGAGCUAAUAAAACCCGGGGCAGAUUUGAACUGGCCUUCUUUACCAUUGGAGGAUGUUGUAUGACAGGGGCUGCAUUUGGGGCAAUGAAUGGUCUACGGCUAGGAUUGAAAGAAACCCAGAACAUGGCCUGGUCCAAACCAAGAAACGUACAGAUUUUGAACAUGGUGACCAGGCAAGGGGCACUUUGGGCUAAUACUCUAGGUUCUUUGGCUUUGCUGUAUAGUGCGUUUGGUGUCAUCAUUGAGAAAACACGAGGUGCAGAAGAUGACCUCAAUACAGUAGCAGCUGGAACCAUGACGGGCAUGUUGUAUAAAUGUACAGCCCCUGGGAACCACCAUUUUGCUUUGUAUGUGAAAUUGACUACUUUAGGUACCUCGUGUAAGUGGAAUCAUGCAGUAUUUAUCCCUUUGUGGCUGGCUUAUUUCAUUUAGUAUAAUGUCCUCAAAGUUCAUCCAUGUUGUAGCAUGUGUUACGAUUCUUUCUAAGGCCAAAUAAUACUCUGUUGUACAUAUAUGCCAUAUUUUGUUUAUCCAUUCAUCUCUCAGUGGACACUUGGAUUGCUUCCACCUUUGGCUACCUUGAAUAAUACAGUAAUGAAUGAACAUUGAUAAACUAAAUACCAUUCAAUUUUGAAAAAAUAAUCAGAGCUCCAGGAGUUGAACCAGAAUGGUCUGGGUGAAGAUCAAAUAUGAAGUUUGCCUCUAACAUGGAAAAAUAAUUAACAUUCACUGAAUUAUAAUUAUACUCUCAGUAAUAAAUACUUGUUUAAUUUAAAACUGUGAAGUGAUAAUCACACCCCAAUUUUAUAGAUAAGCACACUAUUAGAUGGCCUUUUUCAAAAUGUCAUAUAAGCAGUGACAGCCC